AUGACUGGCAUUACAACAAACAUUCAUGGUUCAAAAAAGUCUAUGAGUAUCAAAACUAUCUUCUCGAAUAAAUUGGGACGGAAAAGAAAAGAAUUAAAAACCAUCUUUAAAUCAAUCAUAGGAUUGUUUGGAUACACUAGAGUAUUGAAUUCUGGAUCGGACACUAAGGUAAAGUCUUUCGCUAUCAAGCUUAAUUUUGAUAGUCGUGACUGGGCCAGAUUGAGGAACAAAGAUCACAGGAAAACUAAAAUUAAUAUAUAG